AUGGCUGUAAGGAAUACUAUUGACAGCAACAGUUUUCUCCUUCAUUCACCUAAUAAAGAGCCUGAAACUCAUUUUAUUCCAGCAAAUGAAUCUGGAUCUAGUGUUUCAACGAAAAUUUCACAGCCACCACCAUCGACAACAGUCCGGUCGGCCGAUGCGACAACACCACGUACAGAAGCUACACCUCUAACACGACGUAUUGUUGUUAUACGAAAUACAAAAUAUCAUCAAACUGAUCAAGGAUCGGUUGAUUUAGGUGAAUUCGGAAGAUCUAAUUCCGUUGAAGUUUCUCCAGCAAUUAGUGAUGGCAAUAAAUCAGUUUAUCUCAUUCGACGACCUAGAGCACUCGACUCAUCAAGAUUAGUUGAGUUCUACCAAACAGUUCAAGAGCCAUCACCUACUACUCCUUUACAACAUACACGUACACCUACUGCUACUUUAGAGCAUACACGUACACCUACUGCUGCUUUACAGAAUACACGUAUACCUACUGCUACUUUAGAACAUACACGUACACCUACUGCUACUUUAGAGCAUACACGUAUACCUACUAAUACUUUAGAAAACUCAUAUAUACCCACUAUUACUUCAGAACAAAAACGUACGCCUACUCCUCCUAAAGAAAUUUUAACUUCAUCUGAUCAACCUCGAUCACCAAGCCCACGUCAUUCACCACCUAUACGUCCGAAAACUUCGAAACGUUCAACAUCACCUACACAAACUGAAAACAUUCAACGUUAUGCACCAUAUCUUAGACGUUCAAGAUCAAAAGUUCGAACACCAAGUCCCACUCGUAUAAAUUCUAUACGUACAGCAUCAUCUGCACAUCGUACACGUCCACCAACUGUAAAACAAGAAGAACCUCCAGAGACUGAUCAUCAACAAAGUUUUGUCACAUUGUAUUCAUUAACAAAUACAACUGAAUUAGAUAAUUUAUCAUCUCCUGUUAGAAUUGAAAAUGACCAACAAGCAAUACAAAAUCAUCGACCACCAACAUCAAAAAGUCGUCGACGAAAAACAACAGCUAGUGCAAGAACUAAAUCAGCUAAAUCUGUUGUACUCAUUAAUCCUGAUGAGCAAUCAAUUGCUGUUAUUGAAAACUCAUAUGUACAAGAAGAGUCAACAAGAUCAGCAGUAAAACGUUCAAAAUCUAUGAAAAAAACUCGAUUUCAUGGUAGAAAUAAUGAUCAAUCAACUGAAAAUUUAUUUAAAAAAUCUCAAUCGCAAGGAUGUCUUGGUUGUUUAUCAAGACAUAUGUGUUUAAUUAUAAUUAUUUGUUUUAUUAUUAUUCUAAUCGGUUUAGCCGGUGCUGGUGUUAGUGCUUAUUUUCUUGUUACGAAUUCAUCAAAUAAUACUAUUCCACAAAUCGUUGGCAUUGUAGUCGGUGGAGUUAUAGCUAUUGCUGCUUUAUGUUUUUUAUAUAUUGUACUUGGAUGUAUUGGUACACGUGAUGGAUAUUUUACAUAUAAUGAUAAUGAUGAUGAUCGACAUAUUGGUGGUCGAGCAUUUGCACUUAUACCUCCAUCACAUCCAAAUGCUCAUUUAUAUAUUCCACGUGAUUAUAUGAAAUUAGUUGAAAAUAACCAUUCAUUGUCAAAAACACAAAUAGCAACAAGACCUACUUCAAAUGUUGUCUAUGGUCAAUCAUCAUUAAUGACACCUAUAUCAAGUAAACCAUAUAUUCAACAACAAACAAUUAAUAGAUCAAAUUCAUCUGGAGAUGGAUUAGAAAAUAAAUCCAAUAAAGAUAAUAUUACUAUUGAAAUGCCUGAACGUCUUGUAACAGGAAGACAAAUGUCACCAAGAUCACGUGAACGUAGUUUAAAUAAAGUUGUUAAAAAUAUUGGUCAUGUUGUUGAAGAUGCAAAAAAACGAUAUCAUGGAGAUAUACCAACAAAAGUUAUUGUUCAAAUCAAUAAUAAUGCUACACAAACUGCAUAG